CGGUGCUGUGCUGAUUAUUUACAGCCUUCUCCCCGCCUGCCUUAUCACUUUCUUUGAUCUCCACACGUUCUUGAGACUGGCAAUCGCCAUGCCCGUCGAUAGUUGGGGCUGCUGCGGGGGAAACCCCAAGGGCAGAAGUGCAGCCGGUGGUGGUGGUGAUGGUGGGGCUAGAGCCCUUCCUCCGCGACCCGUCCGUCUCAUCUCCAGGUCUUCCUCUUCUGUCUCAGUUCCCAAGCCACGCAGAGCUUCAGCGUUGCAUCAAAAGUGUGGUCUGUGGCAGCGAGCGGAGGAACAAUUGAACGCUGAAAGUCGCAAGUUGCUUCUGAUCGACACCCGCAACGCGACCGGCUCAAUUGAGGAUGUUCUGAGAAAGAUUGUCGACGAAAUCACGAUCAAGUAUGAAGAGUAUCAGAAGGGCGGCUUGACGAUCCGGAAGCGCGGCGCUACCGCCGAGAGGGUUGAUAUCCGAGGAUCAGCCAAGAAGGUCCUGGUAUGUGUCCUGCAGGCCCAGGAACUUAUCAAAGCGGUGGCGGCGUUCGACCCCACCGGCCAUGCUUCGACGGCAUGGUCUAUUGUCUCGUUUGGCCUCACCCUGGUCAAAAACGACAUUGAUCGGCGAGAUGCAGUCCUGGAUGCAGCGGAAUUCCUCGCGAAGACUUUGGCGUACCAUACCAUUAUUGAGCACAACUACCGAAAGGGGAAUAUUCCGAGCUCGGCCAAACUCGACGAUGCAUUGGUAGAGGUCUAUGUUGCAAUCCUACAGUAUACGGCGGAGGUCUUGAAAGCUAGGGCAGAAAGUGUCAUUACUCGGGUGGGAAAGAGUAUAGCUGCUCUAGUGAACCAGCCUCUGGACCAGCUCAAGUCUGCCGUAGAGCAGAAAAGUGCCGUUGUCGAUCAGUGGAAAAUGGUGGUCAGAGAUGAAGAUCAGCAACGCUGUGCUGAAGAUAUAUUGAUGCGCAUUGACGUGAUGGCCAAGCAGGUGCACAGCAUUGAUGUUAGAACGAAUGAUCAAGAGGACCUCGCCAUUCUCGGCUGGCUUUCCGAUUUCGAUUACUCGAGCAUUCAGAACGAGACCAAGAAGAAUCGUUCGCCCGACACGGGAACAUGGUUCGUACAGUCGAGCAGUAUGUAUCAACGAUGGAAAACCACGUCGGGUCAGCUGCUCUGGCUGCAUGGCCCUGUGGGCUGCGGCAAGUCGGUGCUUUGCUCAACUAUCAUCUCGGACACUGAGCACCACUGCCACCACAAUAUGCCUCAUCUCCUUGCGUAUUGGUACUUCCGUUUCGAUAAUCUCACGACCCAUAGUAUGGAGAGUAUGAUUCGAUCUCUGAUCCGACAAUUAUGUCCCAGACCCAUUCCAGCCUCCGUACAGACGAUAUGGGCGGACCAUCGAAGAAAUCGAGAGCCGGACUGGGAGGGGCUCACGCUCGUUCUCAACGAUAUUAUUAGCUCCCUUCCCGGAGAAGUUUUCUUCAUAUUCGAUGCUCUCGAUGAGUGUCCUAUCGAGACACGAGAAAGGCGUCUGCUGCUUUUUCUGGAUGAAUUGGUGAAGAACCAUCCAACAAGGAGUCAUGUUCUUGCCACCAGCCGACCGGAGCCUGAUAUCCAUCACGAGCUGAUGCAUCACAAGUUAUUUGGACUGGAGACUGCUCUGAGUGAAGACAUUGCAAAGUUUGUGCAGGACAGACUGACUAACGGGAGGUUGAAACGUUGGGAUUCAUCCAUCCGUGAAAGCAUCAAGAAGCGGCUACUGAAUGUCCCUGAAAGGCGCUUCCGCUGGGCUGAUCUGCAGAUAAAGCGACUCGAGCGAUGCCACUUGCCUGGGGACAUUGACGACGCACUAACCACAAUCCCCGCCUCCCUGGAGGCCACAUAUCGAACCAUCCUGGAGCAGGAGAUUGUGCCAAAGUACCAUGAGGCGGUGCGAUCGAUCCUCACCUGGCUCGCUUUUUCCCUGGAGCCUCUCUAUGGAGAGGCCGUAGCAGCAGUGGCCGGCUUCCCCUCCCCGGACAGCGUGAUUGAGAUCUGUACAACCCAGUUGGUGACUCUGCAGACCUCGGAUGGGGUCAUAAGACUUGCCCAUUUCUCGGUCAAGGAGUUCCUGCUCUCCGAGCAGUCGUCCGACUGGUGUCGCAUGUCCGAGCUGGGUGGACAUCAGCUUAUCUUGAACCAGAGCCUGCCGCGCAUCCUUGCCGAAGAGGAGGAAUUAUCGCUCAUGGGCGCCAUGAGCAACUCAUUGCUGCAAUACUGUAGCCAAAGGUGGAUUGAUCAUCUGGGCAGAGUAGAGAGCUUGACCUCCGACCAAUUGCCUGAAGUAUAUGCCAUGAUGCUCAAGCUCUUCACGACACCGGUGACCUAUCUCAACUGGCAGCGUCUGCGCUCGUUUUAUUUCCAGGACACCAAACACGCCUGGCGCCGCUGGAUGAGCACGAACUUCCUAGCACCCAUCGACGCGGCUAUCUUCCUGCAAUUGCACCGUUUGGUGGAGUUGCUGCUGCACUCCGGCGUUGACCCCCUGAAUGCUUCGGGUGGCCGGUCCCACCAAAGCACAUUGGUCUUUGCAUCGCGCCACGAGAUUCCAGUAUUGGUGUUCUUCUUACAACGUCUCAUCACAGUACCCCCUGAGAUAGUGGACGAGAUCUUCCAUCGACUUCGCCCUCGCUCCGCGGAAGACCAUGCCACUUUGCCCCUAAUCAUAGACCUGCUGUGGAAUAUGGGCGGGCUGCGUGGCAGUGAAGAAAGUGACACCAUCGAUCCGUCCUUCCUUGUCAGCAUGGCCUGCAACCACCACUGCGCGGCCGCUCUUCUCGAGUUAUGUCUUGAUCGUGGCGGCAUCGAGCCAGAAUCAGUCACCCAGGAGCUGGUCGAAGCAGCUGUGAACAGUGAGCGCGACGACGCCAGCACCCUCGAAGUAUUGCUCAAGCGACGGAGAGAAAGAGUCUGGUUUCCAGAGGCAGUGAUGCACACCGUGGCCAGAGCCUCGUGGUCCAAUCCUAGCCUAGCAUCCCUCGUUCUGCACAACCGCGAGCUAAUCGCCUGCCUGCAGCCUGAACAUGCCGAGAUCUUCGUCGGAGGCGCGGGAAGAGAGAUCGUGGACCUCGUGCGCCAAGUGUACGGCGAUGAGAUUAUGAUGCAGCCGACGGUUCUCCGUGCAGCGAUCGGCAAUCCUCACGCUCGAGCCAUGCUCCGCCGCCUCUUGGCCGGGAGAGAAUUGAGCUUGAAUACCCGCCAAGAGAUCCUCGCUGCUGCUGUGGCCCCCGAAAGGUUGGAUAAUCGCGAACUGGUCGAUUAUCUCCUGGACGAAUGGGGCCCGCAGUGCGAUAUCGGCGAACAGACCAUGAUCGCCGCGGUCGGGAACAGCCUCCACGGCUGCACGAUCCUUCAGGCAUUGCUCGCUCGACAGCAGGCCGGGUUCACCGUCUCUGAACCGAUUCUCAUGCAUGCAGCGACACGCAAUACCAAGGAAGUCAUGCAGCUGUUGAUGGACAACGGGGGCUCGACGAUUCCAAUUAGCGACGAGUUGCUUCUCGCGGCCGCGCGUAAUCAACCCCGCGGCCUAUCGGUGCUGCUCUUUCUCCUGCCUCUCCGGGGCCCAGAUUGCACGGUGUCCGCGGACCUCCUCGAGGCCGCCGCUACAAACCCCAACAAGUACAUCAAUCCCUGGAACACGAGCCAGGAGUUCCGCGCCGUCUUGGAGCGGUACCAGGGCGCCACUGUGCCCGACAGCGUCUUUUUAGCCAUGCACGACCAAGUGGACCAUCUGAGGGUGCUUUUGGACUGGACCGGCAAUCGAGCACCCAUCAAGGAGAUUCUCUCCGCACUCAGCAUAAGCACUGAGGGGGCGCGGGCGUCGGAUCGCUUGCGACUGCUCCUCGAUCGGCAUCUUCUGGUGGUGGAUGAGUCGAAAGCAGGGACCCAAGGGUCGCUUCAGCCGGUCAUGGUAGUUGAGUGAGACUUGAUGGUGACGAGUACCGGUCAUCCGGGAUCAUCGGUAUAUACUGAGAAUAUCAGCUUCUCCUCGCUUGCGAUAGGAUACAAACCCCUUUUAUUUCAUAAGAUGCUAAGAUAGUAAGCUUUGAUAUCCCAAUUGGCCAUCAUCGAACCCAUAGGAGUACCUAAGAGGCACAGCCUAGUGAAGCUGGUAUCCCAGCCAACAAAGAGAGAAAAGGCUCUUUGGGUGACCCAGAUACGCUGAAUUACUCAAGCCUACUGUCCUACAAGGAGGUCCUCAAGGUACAUGAGCCAAGACAGCCAAGACAGCGGCGGCAAUUGAGCGGAGGAGACUGCGGUCGCCGUCUCCUGCCCUCUGAUGAUUUUCUCAUUCUCCAGGUC